CUCCCUGCAACUUCUACAUCUUUCAUUUAUAACCCCUAAAAAUCUCUGUACUUCCACCAUCAUCUUCUUCUUCACCAUUCAUCAUUCUUCUGCCCUUCUGAAACUAUUCUGAUCUGGGAAUUCAACAGUAAUCCGGAGUACCAUAUAUAUCUUCAUACAUAAACUUGCACAUCCAUAUGGGCAUUCUAACGUAUUGUCAGUAUUGCAUAAUUUGUGUUUUAGGAUAAUGUUCAUGAAGCCUCCUUGGAUGUUGUUCUUCUGUUUUUCUUUGUGAUUCCGGAAUUGGGAUGUUCUUUCGUUCUUUAGAUGUAGAAAAAAAAUGGAAAGUUCAGAGAUAGAAGAAGUUUUAUCCUCAAUUGGCGAGCCAAAGUUACAUGGAGGAAUGUGCAAGAGUCUGUAUGUGGUUUAUGCAAAAGUAUUGGGUAUUUUUCCAGAACUCGAAGCAGCGCGGCCUAGAAGCACUACAGGUAUUCAGGCAUUAUGUGCUUUGCACAUAGCCCUUGAGAAGAUAAAGAAUAUCCUUCAACAUUGUGCUGAAUGCAGUAAACUUUACCUGGCUAUAACUGGAGACUCUGUUGUACUUAAAUUUGAGAGAGCAAGGUGUGGACUUGAAAACAGUCUAAACCGAGUUGAAGAUAUAGUUCCACAGGCCAUUGGUUGCCAGAUAUCGGAUAUUUUGAAUGAACUUCAUGAGAUUGUCUUCACACUUGAUCCGAAUGAAAAACAAGUGGGCGAUGAGAUAAUUGCGCUACUUCAGCAAAGUAGAAAGUUUGAUAGCAGCGGGAACGACAACAGUGAACUUGAAUCUUUUCAUCAGGCUGCUUCUAGACUUGGUAUUACCUCCUCAAGGGCAGCCCUCAGAGAACGAAGAGCUCUGAAAAAGCUCAUAGAAAGAGCACGGGUUGAAGAAGAUAAGAGGAAGGAGUCUAUUGUUGCUUACCUUAUGCAUCUAAUGAAAAAGUACUCAAAGUUGUUUAGAAGUGAACUCUCUGAUGACAAUGAUUCACAAGGGUCAACACCGUGCUCUCCAACUGUCCAGGGAUCUCUUGGGGAUGGUAUUGGCCAUGUACACGCCUUCGACCGGAAAUUUUCAAAGCUCAAUUCUUUCAAUUUUAAACCUAACCCUAGGAAAUUAGACCAGAUAAUUGUGGUUCCUCCUGAAAAGCUAAAGUGCCCAAUCUCGUUACAACUCAUGUAUGACCCGGUGAUUAUUGCAUCUGGCCAAACAUAUGAAAGGAUUUGCAUUGAUAAGUGGUUUAGUGAUGGGCACAAUACAUGCCCAAAAACUCAGCAGGAGCUUCCUCAUCUCGGUUUGACUCCUAAUUACUGUGUGAAAGGCCUGGUUGCGAGUUGGUGCGAACAGAAUGGUUUUCGUGCUCCUGAUGGUCCACCAGAGUCUCUUGAUCUUAACUACUGGAGGCUGUCAUUGUCUGAAAGUGAAUCUGAAAAUUCCAAAUCAAUCGAAAGUAUUGGGCAUUGCAAGUUGAAGAGUGUUAAGGUGGUGCCCUUGGAGGAUAGUGGGAUUAUUGAGGAAGCUGAAGUUGAUGAAUCUGAACAGGAUACUGAAUUUUUUCUUUCGAACUUCACAGAAAUUAGAUAUGAGGAUUAUUUGACUGUUCUAAACUGUGACGAUGAUCUCACAAAAAAAUGCGAAGUGGUAGAACAGAUGCGACACUUGCUAAAGGAUGAUGCAGAAAUCAGAAUUUUUAUGGGGGCAAAUGGCUUUAUUGAAGCUUUGCUGCAGUUCUUGGAGUGCGCUGUCGAAGCUAGGAAUGGGAUGGCUCAGGAAAUUGGUGCUAUGGCUCUCUUCAACCUUGGUGUAAAUAACGACAGAAACAAAGAAAUGAUGCUGGCUGCAAGAGUACUUCCGUUACUCAAGAAAAUGAUCACAAAUUCUAGCUGCCUUGGAGCCAUAACCGCACUUUACUUGAACCUUUCUUGCCUUGAAGAAGCCAAGGCUGUAAUAGGAGCCAGCGAAGCAGUGCCCUUCUUGCUGCGAGUCCUUCAACACGAGUCUGGUCUUCAGUGCAAAUUGGAUGCUCUCCAUGCCAUCUUUAACCUCUCCAACCAGCCAAGCAACACACCACAUCUCAUGUCAGCUGGGAUUCUUGAUGCUCUUCUAGCCCUGAUGACAUUCUCAGAUGAUCAUACAUGGACAGAAAAGUGCAUAGCCAUUCUCAUAAACUUGACAUCUAGCAGUCAAUCCGCGAAAGAACAAAUGAUAUCAUCUCCUGGGCUUAUUAGUAGUCUAGGGUCUGUUCUGGACAUCGGCAAGCCAGUGGAACAGGAGCAAGCUGCAGCUUGUCUUUUGAUACUUUGCAGUGGAAGUGAGAAAUGCAGUGAGAUGGUGCUUCAAGAAGGAGUGAUACCUUCUUUGGUGUCAAUGUCAGUUAAUGGAACCGUGAGAGGGAAACAAAAAGCUCAGAAGCUAUUGAUGCUUUUCAGGGAGCAGCGACAGAAGGAGCAGCAGCAGCCCUCAACAGCUGUAGUUAUUAAAGGUACUACUAGGCAACAACCACCUGAACAUAGUGGUGACUCGGCAACAAUCUCCUCCGAAGAUCUCAAGCCAUUGUCCAAGUCAGCUUCAAGAAGAAAGUUGGAGAAGGCGUGGACUUUCUUUUGGAAGAACAAGAGCUUUUCUUCGUCGUACCAAUCCUCCUCUCACUAAUNCCCCCCCGUCCUAAAGGGCAUUGGGUUGUCUGCAUUAGAAAUUCUCUCUUCCCUUCACAAAAGGAGAGAGUGCAUACCAAGGACAAGCUUGAAGUUAUCUUUAUAGCCAUGGCAGUUCGAUGCAAGAGCCCGAAAUCCACCCCAAUAUGGUUGGCCCAAAAUGAGAGUUGGCAAGAGGAUGCACUGUACGAGCAACUAGGUCUAUAUGAACCUGAAAGCUUAAGGGAGAGUCGGUGAAGGUUGUUAUUGCAAGAGAAAGAGUAUGGAGAUUAUGAUCAGGAGGAUAAUUCAUUGCUUUUGGGAGGAAAGAGAGGGUUGUACCAUAUCUGUUGCAGGUUUGUAAACAUCCAGCAGGCAUGUUUUAUAACUCAACUUUUAUACGUAUUCCCUCCUCUGUUCUGCUACGAUUAAAGUCCUAGUUUUCAUUUCUGGUUGUCCCACGGUUAAAGUCACACUCCUCCUCUUCCUUCUUAAAGAAGAAAAUGUGUCGUUUACGACAUUUUUCUCUCGCAUUCUAAAUAAAUAUAAACCGCGCGUGUUUCAUUUUUCAAUACUUGUUAUAAACUUUGGGAAGUCAAACUAAGAUGUUAGUUUGCGGGAUGGGAGGAGUAUGAAUAUAUAAUGAAUAGGGAAAUCAUUG